UCGACAGACAGCAAUUGGGGGCCUUAACGUUUUAACUCACACAUGCGCAUGAAGAAAAUUCUCUUUCUCGGUGGAUACAAUGGCGGACGCAGAGAAGAAGGUUCCGGCGGUCCCUGAGAGCCUUUUGAAAAGGCGAAAGGCCUACGCUACCAUGAAGGCCAUGCGCAUCAAGAAGUUGCUGGCUGACAAAAAGUCUCGCAAAGUGACCAGGAAACUCAUCUACAAGAGGGCUGAGAUGUAUCACAAGGAGUACAGGGAGAUGUACAGGCGCGAGAUUCGCCUGUCCCGUACAGCCCGCAAAGUUGGGAACUACUAUGUCCCAGCUGAGCCCAAACUGGCCUUUGUCAUCAGAAUCAGAGGUAUCAACGGAGUCAGCCCCAAGGUCCGCAAAGUCCUCCAGCUCCUCCGUCUUCGCCAGAUCUUCAACGGCGUGUUCGUCAAGCUGAACAAGGCUUCCAUCAACAUGUUGAGGAUUGCUGAGCCUUACAUUGCUUGGGGGUACCCCAACCUGAAGUCAGUGCGUGAGCUGAUCUACAAGCGUGGUCAUGGCAGGAUGACAAAGCAGCGCAUCGCCCUCACUGACAACGCGCUGGUGGAGAAGGCUCUCGGCAAAUACGGCAUCAUCUGUGUCGAGGACCUGAUCCAUGAGAUCUACACAGUUGGUAAGAACUUCAAGCCCGCCAACAACUUCCUGUGGCCCUUCAAGCUGUCGUCCCCCCGUGGUGGCAUGAACAAGAAGACCACUCACUUUGUGGAGGGAGGAGAUGCUGGGAACAGGGAGGACCAGAUCAACAGACUGGUCAGGAGGAUGAACUAGGCCACGAAUUUUCACGGAUUUCUGAUGUCUGGAAUAAAACAUUUAAAGAAA